AACCCAUCUUUCGAAAACAUCAAUUCAUAGACAUAACAAACAACCUUAAACACAACCAAAAUGGCUUCAACUCAACCCAUCAACUUUCCCUUCCCACGUUUCACUCCUCCACCACCACCACCUUCACCCUUCUUCAGCCCUCCACCACCACCGCGUUCAUUUCCUCCUCCUCCUCCUCCACCACUUAGAUCGCCACCACCGCCAUUACGGUCACCGCCGCCACCGCCAUUACGGUCACCACCACCACCUAAGCCAUUUUCUCCUCCACCGCCAAAGGUGCGCCCCCCGCCGCCACCUCGUCCCGUUCGUCCUUCUCCACCGCCACCACCUCGACCGGUUCGUCCUCCCCCACUUCCUCCUCCUGCCCCUCUUGUACCUCCUCCACCCUCUCCAAGCAACCCAACAGUCAUAAUAGUGGUGGUGGUCUCAUUGAGUGGCCUCUUGUUGCUCACAAUGGUGGCUUUUGCUUUCUUCUGCUGCGUUCAGAGGAGGAAGAAGAAGAAGGCGCAAGAGACGGAAGUGAUUCACUUUGAUGAGCAGAAAAGGGUGAAUGAAACCAUCUUGCCUGGUCCCUUCGGACGUAACACGGUGGUGGUAACAGUUGAAGAUGAUGUCCAUAUCGAUGAAGAAAUCAAAAAGAAUGAGCAAGUUGGUCACGGUGUGCAUGGUGUUCAUGCCACAUCAUCGUCGCCACCUGGAGCAGAUGAAGGUGCUUCUAGCGGCAUUGUUGAUGUAGCAGCAACUCCUCCUGCACCUGAACAUCAUGAUCAUCAUCACCACCACCACCUUCAGAACAAGCCGUGAUUGAAAGAAUUAUAAAUGCACUUUCUCAUGGGAAUUCCAUAUCCUCGUCCAAACACUCCUAACAAGGAUCCUGUACUUGCCCUUAACUCGUUUCAACCAAUAAAUAAAUGUCAUUAAUUUUUUCCUUUGUUAUUUUGGGUGAAAAACCCCUCCAUUGUAAAGUUUGGAAGUUUGGAUUUAUCGACUAUAAAAGUUGAAGUUGAUACUGUUUUCUUCA